GCUUCCCUCUCCUGCUCCCAUCAAAAGCGUCCCCAGCACCAGAGCCAAGAAGGGGGGAAAACAUAACAACAGGAAGAAAAGCAAGACAAAGCGGGCUGAGGGGGAAAGAGGGCUGGAUGCGGGUGACCAGCAGCAAGACAGACCUAGGAUAACCCGGGCGGUGCAAAGGUGUCGGAAGUCAAGGACCAAAAAAUCCAGAUUCCUGCUGGGUUUCAAGCGUCGCCUUCUCUCCCCUGUCCCAGCCUCACCAAAAAGGCAUCUCCGCCCUCCCCCUCUUUUCACGACCUCCAAAAACAUCCUCAUGGGUUUCAGGCUUAGACUGUAAUGCAGUUCACCUUUCCCAAUGCCUCCCUCGCCUCUGGAAGAACGGAUCGGCGUGCUGCAGCGACCCAAAACCUUGGCAUUGCGCCUCAACCACAGCUUUGCCAACGGGGGCACCCCAGGCGGUGGCGAGAAGCAGCCCCCGGCGGCCUCCAGAGCGCCUGGCCAGGCCGCCCCGGCUCCCUCGAAGGCACCCUGCGACGAGGCCGUGCGCCGGGGGGCGCCGGGCGUCCUGCAGCCCAACCACUCUCACACCAUCGACAUCAAGCUGACGGUCGGAGGCGUGCAGAGCCUGUCACCCGAGAGGAACGUCUCCCUGCAGCUGGACCUCAAGCAGGCCGAGACUAAGCCGAAAGGCCUCUCUGGGCCCCAGCUGAAAGUCUUCUUGCCCCAGGCGAAGCUCAAGAAGCGCUGCUUCAAGGAGAACUCCAAACCGGCGGUGCUGGACACAUCCACCAGCUCCUCCUGCCUCUCCAGCCCCGCCAUGCACCCCCUCAAAUGCGGUUGCCGUGGCUGUUGGCGCCUGAUGCGCUGCGAGGACGCCGGCCCCAAGGGUGGCUUGCUCUCCCUGGGCUGCUUCUCCUGCCGCUCCAGCCUGCGCUCCCUCAGCUGCUCCAGCUGCAGCCCGCCGUCCGUCAAGAAGCUGGGGUGCUUGCCGUGUGCCCCCUCCUCGGCCCUGCGCUCGCUGGCCUGCCUGGCUUGCAACCCCUCGGUCAAGUCCGGCAGCUCCUCCUGCAGCUUCUGCAGCAGCGACCCCAUCGUGGCCUAUGACCCCCGGGCGGGCUCGUCCCCGGCCCCCAGCUGCGGGGACGACGACGACUACAGCGUCCGCACCAUUUGGCCCGACGAGCUGGCCAAGAAAAUGACACGGUCCCGGGCGCAACAGCAGCAGCAGCAGCAGCAGCAGCAGCAGCAGCAGCAGCACAUCUCCCCCCUCAUCCUGGACUGCCGCAACCUGAUGGAAUACACCAAGAGCCAGCUUCAGGGCGCCAUGCGUUUCGGGGCGGCCGACGCAGCGGGGCGUAGGCGGCUCCAGCAGGGGAAGAUGGCCAUGCUGGAUUUCAUCUCCUCGCGGGGAGGCUGCGACACAAGGGACUCCUCGCUGCAGCGCCUCUGGGCGAAGGAGCCUGGCGGCCGCGCCAGUCCAGAGCCUCUCCCCGCCAGCCCCCCCAAGCCCCGCAAAACGCAGCCCUCCCAGAAUCUCCACCUGGUGCUGGAUCUGCUCAACAAAGACGGCGGGCAGGAAGGGGUCGGCCGGAGAGGCAGUCUGAUUGGGCCAGAUGUUGCGGAUGGCCCAGAUGACUUGGGCCCCCCACUCACGCCUGACCUGGAGAACGCCGAGCUGAGCCCCAUUCUGCCCUUCCUGUUCCUGGGCAACGAACGAGACGCGCAGGACCUUGAACGGAUGCUGAGCCUCAACGUGGGGCACGUUCUCAACGUCACCACCCACCUGCCCCUGUACCACGCUGACAGUGGGCGCCUUCGCUACAAGCGACUCCCUGCCACCGACAACAACCGCCAGGACCUGCGCCAAUACUUUGAGGAAGCUUUUGAGUUCAUUGAGGAGGCACACCAGAGCGGCAAAGGAGUCCUCAUCCACUGCCAGGCCGGUGUCUCCCGCUCGGCCACCAUCGUCAUCGCCUACCUGAUGAAGCACACGCUCAUGACCAUGGGCGACGCCUACAAGUACGUGAAAGGACGGAGGCCCAUCAUCUCCCCCAACCUCAACUUCAUGGGGCAACUGCUGGAGUUCGAAGUGGACCUCAAUGCCGGCGUCACACCCCGGAUCCUCACCCCCAAGCUGGCCGGAGUGGAGACCGAGGUGUGAACAAGAUGGGGAAGCAGGAUGAGCUCCAUCAAUCUCAGGGCUGGGAAGAAGAGGAA